GGACUGCUUACCGUUUCCUUCACAUCCUCUGCCGCUCCGGUUCAUGAGCAGCCUGUUGGGUCUCGAGGAGGAGGAGGAGGAGGAGGAGGACACACAACGGGGAGCUCGCUCACCCCAGUCUCCGGCGGUCUUAGUCCGUCCCGUGCCACACUCUGCUGAGGCCACGCGCCCCAACCGACAACCGAACAUGUCCACCGGGUCGCUUAGCGACUUCGACGAUGAGGUCCUGGACGGCAUCCUGAAGUUCGACUCUGGUACGUCGAACGAGAGCACAGAGGAGAGCUCGAACUGCGAAGGCGGCUCGGCCAACGAUAAAGCUGCAGCGGGAAAGAAACGGAAAACAGCGUACAGUAGGAAGAAGGCGCCGAACAGUGUGGCCCACGAGGGGUGCGGCAAACCUGUGCAGAGGAACGCAGCCAACGCACGAGAGCGAGCGAGGAUGCGCGUGCUGUCAAAAGCGUUCUCCCGGUUGAAGAUGACAUUACCGUGGGUCCCACCGGACACCAAGCUCUCCAAACUGGACACUCUGCGCCUUGCCUCGAGCUACAUCGCCCAUCUACGGCAGAUCCUUGCCAACGACAAAUACGAGAACGGUUAUAAUCACCCCGUCAACCUGACGUGGCCCUUCAUGGUCGCCGGUAAACCCGAGAACGAUUUGAAAGAGAUGCUCAACACCACCCGGUUGUGUGGAACAACUGCCUCGUGAUGGAACGGAUGGACAUGACAUGUUCAUUGACGUUUUCGUUACCGGGAACGGACUUUUCCAGGUGGACCAGACAUGCAUGUCGUAUAUCUCCUAAACCAAAUAUUGGGUGGGAAUAACCGGGAGAGUGCGCACUCUCUUGCGGGUUCACCCUACAGAGAAACGGAUUUUAUACGCCUAUUUAAAUUGUUUACAUGUUGUCUUUGCUGGUUCGAGGACAGGUUGUGCUAAAGUUUUGUAUUCGGUUUUAUACUUUUAAAAUGCAUUGUAUAAAAAUGUUGUCAUACAAGUGUGUGUGUAUAUAUAUAGGCUAUAUAUAUAUAUAUUUUUUUUUUGUACAGGUGAAGUUGUCAGUCACCGAUUUGGAAGCGCACAUGAAAAUGUGUCCGUUAUUGUAAUCGCCUGAUUGUAUUUAGGACUAAAUAAAAUGUAUUCAUUUUAUCGUAUAAAUUCUCUCACUCAAUG